UGCUGGAGAACCUUCUCCUGUCCACACACAGCAGCCGGUUGUCUACCCCCAGCAGCCAAUUGUCCACGCACAGCAGCCGAUUGUCCAUGCACAGCAGCCAGUUGUCUACGCACAGCAGCCUGUCGUCUACGUAACCCAGCAGGCUGUUGCUCCUCCCCCUGGUAGUGUUCUUCGACCUCCAAAAGACUACUUUGUGAUGUCCAUAAUGACUCUCUUAUUCUGUUUCUGGCCUCUUGGAAUUGCCGCUCUGCUCAAAUCCAUUGAGGCGAGGGAUGCCGUUGCCCGGGAGACUACACUGCAGCCCAGGCUGCCUCCAAGACUGCACUUCAGCUCAACAGAUGGGCUAUCCUCAUUGGAAAAAUUUUAUAUGUCUUAUUGUUCAUCAUUGUUUCGAUGCUAAUAAUCUUAAUAAUAGUCUAUGUACGUAUUUAAUCAACUUGUUUAUGUCAAACUAAACUUUUUCUUAUGUUUAUUGUAGAUUGCUUAUUUCUACUAGAUAGUGAUUGUGUAUUGUGGUGUAUUAUAUAUCAGGAGUUACUGGAUACUGUGUAUAUGCAACCAAUACAACUGAUUUAGUGUGGGAAAGCCUAGAGCUUAGUCCCAAGGGAAUGCAUGGAAGAUAUGUUAGAGUGCCCCUGUAGACUCACUAGAUUACCUGUCAUGCUGGUCACAUAAUUAUGAUAGCCAGUGUCUCCUACAUACCAUCUCUCUGCUAUUAUUAUAUCAAAGGUGCCAGCUGUCACAUAGAAGAAGAGAUUGAAAGUUCUGCUGAAGAUGUCUGAGAAGCUAGUUGAAUCAGUACCACUCACCUCAAAGCAAGAGGAGGCUGGAGGACCUCCUCCUGUCUACCCACAGCAGCCGGUUGUCUACGUAUCCCAGCAGGCUAUUGCUCCUCCUAGUGGUGUUCCUCGACCUCCUAACGACUACUUAGUGAUGUCCAUAAUGACUCUCUUGUUCUGUUUCUGGCCUCUUGGUAUCGUUGCUCUGCUCAAAUCCAUUGAGGCAAGGGGUGCCGUUGCCCGGGGAGACUACACUGCAGCUCAGACCGCCUCUAAAAGUGCUCUUCAGCUCAACAGAUUGGCUAUUAUCAUUGGAACAAUCAUACUUUUCUUUAUUCUGGCCAUUAUUGGCCUGAGUCAGCUCUCAUGGAUUAUCCCACUGGCCGUAAUAAGGAUCAAUCAGUGAAAAAAAUUUCGUAUCAAUAUAUCAAUUUUUUUAUGUCGAGUAAACUUUGUGCACUCUUGAUAAUAUUAUGUUGAUAUGUGCACAAACAUGAUGUAGAGCUGCUCCAUAAAUUAAAUACGUAGAUGGCAUUUCCACCUCUCCUAGCUGUGUUGUUUAAUUUGUAAAGGAGUAUUUUUUUUUAUUACAUGUGAAUUAUCUAUUAUACAAGUGACUAUGUAUGAUAUAUUUAUAAGGAACACGUAUAAGAUUAAAUCUAUACAAUGUGCAAAUGAUUAUAACAUUUUAAUUGAUACGUAAUGUGGGAGGGGCUUAAACUUUAGAAUCAGCUACAUAGUUAGUGCCAGGCCAAUUAGGGUAUAAUAAUUAUACACACAGGUUAACCUGCAUGACAGUGCAUGCUGGGACAAUUUAUUUAUACAAUUACAGGAAAAGUUGAUGAAAAUGCAAACCAGGAUACAAUCAGAAUAACAGUUAUGUAUUGAGUAAUUGAAUGUAAAACAACCAUAUAUAUAAGGCCAUAUACCUAUACGAUGUGAUGGGACGGUUUAUUGGUAAACAAGAGAAAUACACAAGAGAGAGACCACACUAAAAGGGCUAG